AUGGAUGUCUUUGACAUCUACUGGCGCGACCACAAAGGUGAUGAAAUGGAACCGACCACUACCGCAACCAUCUUCGCCCUUGAUGAUCUCAUCCGCAAGGAAACCAAACUUGCGGAUAUGAUCCGCACCACCAUAAACAAGUCUACCACAUCCACUACACCAAAGCACAACCCUACCUUCUUAAGAGCCUGGAAAAAUCAAAGACACGUGUAA